CCGCACUUCCGGCGGAAGCGACGUGGCGGUGACGUCAGCGCGGCCGGUGCUCCCGGUGGCGGCUCCGGAGCCCGCGGCCCCGAUGAGCCCCGAUGCAGGCGCGCCGCCGGCUCGGGCCUAGGCAGCGGGAACCGGCCCAGGCCUCCCCCCCGGGGCCCCCCCGCGCUCCGGUCCUGCCGCCGCCACCGGAGCCGCCCCCGGCCGCCGACGUCAUGUCGUGUCGCGACAGGACCCAGGAGUUCCUGUUCGCCUGCAAAUCGCUGCAGGGACGGCAGGUCGGGGGGCUCCAGGUGGGCAGAGCAGCCCCCGGGCCAGGGCGGCAGCGCAGCGAGUUCAGCCUGAUGGCAAAGCGCAUUGGGAAGGAUCUCAGCAACACCUUCGCCAAGCUGGAGAAGCUGACCCUGCUGGCCAAGCGCAAAUCCCUGUUCGACGACAAAUCCGUGGAGAUCGAGGAGCUGACCUACAUCAUCCGGCAGGUCUGGGCUUUGGGGGUCCCCCUGCCCCUCUGGGGGUCCCGGCGGGGUUUUGGGGGUCCGG